CAAGAAAAAGAAAUAUGAACCUCCUGUACCAACUAGAGUGGGGAAAAAGAAGAAGAAAACAAAGGGACCAGAUGCUGCCAGCAAACUGCCACUGGUGACACCUCACACUCAGUGCCGCUUAAAAUUACUGAAGUUAGAGAGAAUUAAAGACUAUCUUCUCAUGGAGGAAGAAUUUAUUAGAAAUCAGGAACAAAUGAAACCAUUAGAAGAAAAGCAAGAGGAGGAAAGAUCCAAGGUGGAUGACCUGAGGGGGACCCCGAUGUCAGUAGGCACCUUGGAGGAGAUCAUCGAUGACAAUCAUGCCAUCGUGUCUACAUCUGUGGGCUCUGAGCACUACGUCAGCAUCCUUUCAUUCGUGGACAAAGAUCUGCUGGAACCAGGCUGCUCAGUCCUGCUCAACCACAAGGUGCACGCAGUGAUAGGGGUGCUGAUGGAUGACACAGACCCCCUGGUCACAGUGAUGAAGGUGGAAAAGGCUCCCCAGGAGACAUAUGCAGAUAUUGGGGGCUUAGACAACCAAAUCCAGGAAAUUAAGGAAUCUGUGGAGUUGCCUCUCACCCAUCCUGAAUAUUAUGAAGAGAUGGGUAUAAAACCCCCUAAGGGAGUCAUUCUCUAUGGUCCACCUGGCACAGGUAAAACUCUGUUAGCUAAAGCAGUAGCAAAUCAAACCUCAGCCACUUUCUUGAGAGUGGUGGGCUCAGAACUUAUUCAGAAGUACCUAGGCGAUGGGCCCAAACUUGUACGGGAAUUGUUUCGAGUUGCAGAAGAACACGCACCAUCCAUCGUGUUUAUUGAUGAAAUCGAUGCCAUUGGGACCAAAAGGUACGAUUCAAAUUCUGGAGGUGAGAGAGAAAUUCAGCGAACCAUGCUGGAGUUGUUGAACCAGCUGGAUGGCUUUGAUUCAAGGGGGGAUGUGAAAGUUAUCAUGGCCACUAACCGGAUAGAAACUUUGGAUCCAGCACUGAUCAGACCAGGCCGCAUUGACAGAAAGAUUGAGUUCCCCCUGCCUGAUGAGAAGACAAAGAAGCGUAUCUUCCAGAUUCACACAAGCAGGAUGACGCUGGCUGAUGACGUGACUCUAGAUGACUUGAUCAUGGCAAAGGAUGACCUCUCUGGGGCUGACAUCAAGGCAAUUUGUACAGAAGCUGGUCUGAUGGCCUUGAGAGAACGCAGAAUGAAAGUAACAAAUGAAGACUUCAAAAAAUCUAAAGAAAACGUUCUUUAUAAGAAACAAGAAGGCACGCCUGAGGGGCUCUAUCUCUAGGACCCACAGCAGCCUCAGGAAGGUGCUGGCGUUUCCCUGGUCCUUCAGUGGGAUGCAGUGAGGGCUGCCCCAAGGAAUCCAUGGGUCAGUUGGAUUUUAUUACAGAACACCCUUUGUUUUGGGAGUGUGGCUUGUAGGUUGCCCGUCAGGCAGUCUCUGUCUGCUCACUGUGCUGUGCUGCACUCUGUGUCCCAAUAAAGUGUGCUUCUCACAAACA